AUGUCACUGAAUGAAGGGUAUGAUCUGGUAGAGAAAGCGGAAAGGUUGAUAGCAAAACGACAAUACAAAGAUGCUUCAGCUCUAUACAAGGAUGCCAGUAAGCUGUUCAAACAAAACAUUGGGAAAACUGAUAACGAUGAAAUAAAUAAUGCUUUACAGAUUCUGGCUGAUCAGAAUUUGCGAAGGGCAAAUGAACUGUCAUUGAUGCAAAACCAGAAAGUCACCAACAGCAGGUCCUCUUCACAGGCCCAACUUCAGCAAUCCAUCUAUAAUCCAUUGAGCACAAUAAAUAAACAAAGUGCUGAUAAUAUAUCAGCUUCUUUGGCUUCUGUAAGGGGUGUUUCGGGUCAUAACUCCACCAUUGAGAGCUUGGUGAAUGAUGAUUCAACGGAUCCUAUAACCAAGUUUCAAGUCCAAGUUUACAACUUGAUAAAACCACCAAAUCUUAACAAUAACAUUGAAACUUCAACUCCCAAGAAUGUAAAGCUUUCAGGAAAAUCAGUUGAAGAACUUGAGUUGGAGAAUAGAACUUUGAAACAAUUAUUGAGUACUUAUAGUGAGAAUUUACAAGCUUAUGAAUCAUUUCACAAGAAACUCAAGUUGAAUCUGAAGAACUAUCUUACGGUAUUGAAAUCUGAUUUACAAACACAAGAGAAGAAGAAGAAAGCAGCAAAUGAUCGCAAAUUGGAAACAAUGGAUAAAGAGAACAAGAGACUCGAAAGUCAAAUAAAAAAACUGAAGGAAAGGUGGAAUGAAUUAGUUGAGAGUGCAAAGAGAAGAAGGGAAGAUAAUCAACCAAAGGAUGGCAGAUAA